AUGAAAGAGUGGAUGCCUGCAGCACAAGUUAGCGCCCUGCUGGGGGCCAGCAGCAAGCCAGCUGGCCAUGCAGCAGCAGCUGCUCCUGCUGUUGUCGUCGCUGCUGCUGCAGUUGCUGCUGCAGCUGCUGCGGCGCGAAGGCCUGCUGCAGAAGAAAAUACAGCAAUUCGCAUUAUUUGUGUUUCAUUUCUUGUUUUUGCUGCUGCUGCUGCUGCUACUGCUGACGACAACCAGCAACACCACAGUCCCACCCACCCCUUUGCUGCUGCUGCUGAGCUAUCUGUUGCUGCUGCUGGGGCUCGCACAGCAGCAGCGACAGAAGCAGCAGCUGCUGCAAUGCAGCAGCAGCUGCAGCAGCAGCAGCAGCAACUACAGCCGCUGCUGCGCUUCGGGGGGGCAGCCACAGACCAGGGCGCCCUUGCUGCUGGUGCUGCAGCAGCACCAACAGCAGCAGCAGCACCAACAACGGUGCAAGAUGAGCAGCCUUCCUUUAGUUUUGCUGCUGCUGUUAGAGCAGCGGCAACAGCUGCUGCAGCUGCUGCUUCACAGAAGCGAACACUGAAGUCGAAGGCCCCAUUCCUAUGGAACUCCGCAGAGGGCAGCAGCAGCAGCAGCAGCAGCAGCAGCAGCAGUUGCUGCUGCUGCCUGCAGUUUUCUCGCCUCUCGUGCGUAUAUGCAUCUGCAGCAACAGCGCCAGGUGCGGGAGCAGCAGCGGCAGCUUCAUGUGAGGCAGCAGCAGCAGCAGCUGCUGCUGCUGCUGCAGCGAGCGACCGUCCAGAUGAUAGCCGCAGUUCGGAAGAAGAUGCAGCAGCAGCAGCAGCUGCUGCUGCUGCUGCUGCUGGCCGGAGUAGCACCGAGAUGUACGAACAGCAGCUGCGCGAGUGCCAGGCGCUGCUGCAGCAGCUGCUAGGGGGAGAUGCAGUGCAGCAGCAGCAAGCCGAAGCUGUCUUUCUUUCAUGCUCAGAGUCGCCUGGGGUGCUGCUAGCGCUUACUGCAUAUGCUGUUUGUGGCUGCAAUUGUGUUGUCUUCUCGCACUCCUGCUACCAUGCUGCUGCUGCUGCUGCUGCUGCUGCUGCUCAGCACAGACGAGACGCGGGCAGCAGCUGCAGCUGCGCGGACGCGCCGUCUGCAAGCCUCAUGCAGCAGCAGCAGCAGCAGCAAGCGCUGCAACAGCAGCAGCAGCAUCUGAUAUGUUUGUGCAGUGCGCCAGGUUGCUGCUGCAUCUUUUCUCAGAGAGGGCAGCAGAUGCUGCAGUCUGCUGCUGCGGCGUGCAGCAGCAGCAGCAGCAGCAACAGCAGCAACAGCGAUUUCCUGCUGCAGGUUCUGUGUGCUUCUCUGCUGCGGCAGCUUGUGGGGCCCCGCUGGGGUUCCUUUGACUGCAACGAGAGAGAAGCUGCGUUGCUGCUGCUGCUGCAGGCAGCACCAGCGCAUCCGCAGCAGCAGCUGCAGCAGCUGCUGCAUAAGGUCUUGACAGAGCUGCUGGCCUACCAGCAGCAAUGUGCUUCUUGCAGCAGCCAUUCCUGCAGCAGCAACAGCAGCAGCAGCAACUGUAGCGAGCUGCUGCAGCUAACUCCAGACCCUUGCUGCUGCUGCAGCAAGAGCUUGCACAGGCGCAGGCAGCUGCUUCCAGCAGCAGCAGCAGACAGCACUAGCACACCUCGCAGCAGCACUAGCAGCAGCAGCAGUACGAGCGCUACGUGCAGGCAGCAGUCUCUAGCGGGUGCUGCUGCUGUUGCUGCUGCUGCACCAUCUGUACUAUCCGCAUCAGCAGCAGCAGCAGCAGACACCCCUGUGCAUCAACCCGACGAAGCAACAGCAGCAGCCACUGCAGCAGCUGCAACACAGGUAGCAGCAGCAGCAGCAAAAACAACAGCAGCAAACAGCUCUAAAGCAGCAACGGGGGGUUUGCCUACAGGGCCGCAGCCUUCGCCGUCGGACAGUGCAGCAGCAGCUGCUGCAGCAGCAGCAGCAUUAGCAGGUACUGCUGCUACAGGCUCUGGCGCUAGUUGCUGCUACUCAAGGCAGCGCUGCUGCACUGCAGCAGAAAGCUUAACUGAACGGACUCUGCUUCGGGUGAUGGAGUUGAUGCGGCGGGCAGCAGCUGCCGAGGCAGCAGAAGGAGCAGCAGCAGCAGCAACAGCAGCAGCAGCAGCAGAUGAGGCUCCUGCAUACGAUUCUGCGCGCUUCGUGCUGCACUCGUCCUUGCGGCUGCUGCAGGUGCUGCUGCGAGACUGCCCCAACUUUCUGCUGCUGCAGCAAGAGCGGCUGCAGCAGCUGCUGCAGCUGCUGCAGCAAACUGCAGCGGGAGGGCAGGCCUAUAACCUCGUCUUGGCACCAGGGAUGCUUGCUGCAGCUGCUGCUGUUGCUGCUGCUGAGGGCACCCCAGCAGCAGCUGCCCCUGCGCAUUUAGCUGCUGUUGAGCGGACGCGAAGACGACUCCAGAUUGAGAAGCCGCGAUUGGACACAGCAACAUCAGCAGCUAGCUUGGUGGUGUACGUAGAGCUGCUGGAGGCUGCACAGGCGCACAAGCAGCAAUGUUGCUGCUGCAGCAGUUGCUGCUGGGUCUCAGCUCUGCUGCAGCACCUGCGCCCUUUGGUGCAGCAGCUGCUGCUGCUGCUGCGCUGCAGCUGCAUGCACCUCACAGACGGGAGCCACCUAACGGUAGCUGUACAGACACUCCGUUGCUGUGUCCUCAUUGCUCGUCUUUCUCGUCCUCGCAGCAGCAGCAGCAGCAGCAGCAGCAAGGCGUUUCUCCCCCAACUCGAAACAGACAUGGCACCUGCUGCACCUGCACCUGCUGCUGCUGCUGCUGUUGCUGCUGCUGUUGAUGAGGUGGGAUGUCUUUAUGCCCCAUCGGAAGCAACUAGCAGCACUUCUGCUGCUUCGCCAGAGUCGCCUUUGUCUGGUGCAGCGCCAGCAGCAGCAGCGGCAGCAGCAGCAGCAACAGCAUCGGCGGCAGCAGCACCGCCAACGGGAACGGCAGCAGCUGCUGCUACUCUUUCAGAAAGCAAUAGUUUGCUGUUGCCGGAGGCCUGCCUGAAGGCUGCUCCUCCGUUUGCUGCUGCUGCAGGAGCAGCAGCAGCAGCAGCGGGGCGUCGCUGCUGCAGCAGCUGGGAGGGCUGCUUGCGCAGCGAGUUUGCUUCUGUGGCGCCGCUGCUGCUAGAUGCAUGCAUUUUGCUGCUGCAGCGAUACUUCUGCACUUACGAAGCGUUGCUGCUGCAGGAGGGGGAAGAGGAGCAGCAGCAGCAAGAUACGGGCACCAACAAGACCUCUGCAGCAGCAGCAGCUGCAGCAGCAGCAGCAGCAGCAGCAGCAGAAGCCUCCAAUGCCCUCAGCACUUCGGGCCGCUGCCUCAUUAUACAGUGUAUCUGCUUUUUUAUAGAAUGCGCCCGUCUCCCUGAGUCGAGAGCGCUAUUGCUAGAGCCAGAAGCAGCAGCAGCAGCAGCAGCAGCAGGAACAGCCGCAGCAGCAACACGUGAGGCUACCGAGGAAGCAGCGCAUUCUCCUGCUCCUGCUGCAGCUGCUGCUGCUGCUGCUGCUCCUGCAGAAGCGGAGGGCCUCCAUGGAGCGCCGGUGCCUUCAGCACAAGGGAACCAGCAAGCUGCUGCUGCUGCUGCUGCUGCUGCUGCUGCUAGUGCUGCAACAGAAGAGGAAACGGCAGCAAGGCCGUCCCCUUGUUUGACUUUGCUGCUGUCGUUGCUGCUGCCUUACUGUCAGUUGUCAGCAGCAGAAGAGCAGCAGCUGCAGCAGAACGCCAACAGCUUCAUAGAUUGGAGUACAACGGAGCAGCAGUUGCUGCUGCAGGCGCUGCUGCAGCAGCAAGGCUACAGCAAGCAGCAGCUGCAUUAUCUGGGUUAUUCUUCUGCGAGCUGUAGUGACACCGCAACAGCAGCGGCAGCAGAAGCAGCAGCAGGUGAAGUCGCGAGACGACGGUGGCGGCGCCAGCAACACCAGCAGCAGCAACAGCAGCAGCAGCAGCAGCAGCAGCAGGAAGCCGAUGAGGAGGAAGCGCUCGCUGGGCAGUCUGUGCGCCGUGUGGUGCUGCAGCUGCUGCAUGCUCUAGAGACACCUGCUGCUGCUUCUCAUGAUUGCUGCAGAGACGCAGCAGCAGCAACUGGACAUGCUGCUGCUGCUGCUGGUGAAUUCGCAGGGAGUCCUGCUGCAUUCGACAGGGCAGCAGCAGCUGCUGCUGCUGCGGAUUGCUGCAGCAGCAGCAAGUGCUGCGUGGCUGUUAGCAGCAGCAGCUUGUGCGCGCACUCAAACAGCUGGGGAGACAUCGCAGCAGAAGAAAGGGCUCAUCAUGCAGCAAGUGCUGCUGCUGCUGCUGCAGCUCGGAAAGUUGUUGCUGCUUCUGUUGCUGAAGCAGCACACUCUUUGCUGCUCAUCAGCGCCGAGCGCCGGCAGCAGCAACUCCCAUGGUGGUCUCUUACAGAGGCAGCAUUAUGGGCAGUGGGGUGCACACAGGCGGAAGCAGCAGCAGCAGGAGCAGCAUUAGAGACAUCCGUACAGUGCAUUGCACAUGUGCUUACAGCAGCAGAAGCAGCAGAAGCAGCAGACACAACAGCAACAGCAGCAGCAGCAGCAGCACCAGGUCCUAUCCCUUCGCUGCUGCUGCGCUGCCGCUGCAUUCUCUUGGCUUGUGCGCUCCGGGUGUACGUACACCGCAAAUAUGCAGGAGAAGUUGAGACCCUUGCCCGCCUCGCCUUAGGGGCUUGCUGCGGCGACAAGAACCCUAUGCUUCUCAGCGUGCAGCUCUUCCGCGCGUUGCUGCCGCCACUAGCGCAGCGACUGCAGCGGUGUGCUGCAGCAGACAGGAAGCGGGGGGCGUUGCUGCAGCGGCAAAGAGCAGCAGCAGCAGGUGCAGCAGGAGCAGCAGCAGCAGCAGCAGCAGAGGGAGCGGGGACUUCAGCAGCACGGCCUGCUGCUGCUUCUCCUUCCCCUGUAGUUUCGCCUUACGAGGUGUGCACUGCUAUCGAGGCGCUUUCGAGCUGUCUCCUAGCAGCAUAUCUGCAGCAGCAGCAGCAGCAAGAGCAGCAGCAGCGGCGCCAGCAGCAGCCGACCCCAGCAGCAGUCUCUGCAGACGCGGAGAAGCAGCAUGCAACACCAGCAGCAACGGGAGCUGCAGCAGCAGCAACAGCAGUAGUGGGAGCCACAGCAGAUCCGGAGACGAGGGCUUUUCUCAGCAGCAGCAGCACAUUUGCUGCUGUGCUGCAGCUGCUGCUGUCAGCUUUGCUGCGCACAGAUGAUGAAGCUCUGCUGCAGGAAGGCAUUUGCUGCGUAGCUCUUGCUGUUGUAUGCGCGCCGGAGGUGGUAGACCAGCAGCAGCAGCAGCAGCAGCAGCAGCAAGAGCAGCAGCAGCAAGAGCAGCAGCAGCAGCAGCAGGUGCCCCUCUACAACCUCCUUAUGUACACUGCAGGCUGCCUCCAAGCACGCUGUGAUGUCUCUGCUGCUGUCUCCUUUCGAGCUGCAGCACUGUGGGAGCUGCUAGUUGGGGUGUAUCGGAGGCGUUUGUCUGCUGCACACCUGCAGGAGCUGCUGCUGCUGCUGCUGCUGCGUCAUAGACAAGCCAAGGACCCGCUGCUGCGCAUGCAGCUGCUGCGGACAUCAUGUUGGCUGCUGCUGCAGGACCCUGAGGGGCUGUUUCCUUUGCUGCUGAACUCGCGCGCUUACCAGCAGCAGCAGCAGCAGCAGCAAAAGGAGCAGCCACAAGCCUCUCACCAGCAGCAGCAGCAGCAGCAGCAGCAGAGAGAGAGGGCAGCAACACUCCCAGCAGCAGCGGCUGCCAGUGCUGCAGCUGACGCGCCAGGUGUUGGUGCUGCAGAGUCCCUUAGCAGCAGCACGAGCAGCAGCAGCGCAUGCAACGUGGAUGUAAAGGCUGCAGCAGCAACUGCUGCUGCUGCUGCUGCUUCUGACAGCAGGCAUGUGGGGCGAAAGAGCAGCAGCAGCAGCAGCCACAGGAGCCCCAGCAACAGCAGCGUCGCGCAGCAGAUAGCAAGACACCGGCUGCGGCGGAGGCAGCAGCAGCAGCAGCAGCAGCAGCUGAUGCCAGAAGCAGCAACCAGCACUCUGCAGCUUUUGUUAAUCCUGCUGUUGCAGCAUCUGAGCACAGGGCAGCAGCUGCUGCAGCGCAGCAGCCGCAGCAGCCGCAGCAGCAGCAGCAGCAAAUACACAACUGCUGUUUUUAUCCGUUCUAUCUGCUGCUUCCUCACAGUGCAAGGGGGCCGGUGGCUGCGUGCUGUUGCAGAGCAGCAGCAACAGCAGCAGCAGCAAACGGGCACCUUCCAGCCGUGUCUCGCCCAAGCUCUGCUGCAGUGCGUCUUAGGGCUCUACCGCCGCAGCUGCUCUGCAAAGCAGCAGCAGCCUCCGCUGCGGCAGCUGCUGCGGUGCUCCCUUGCUGCGUCUUGGUCUCCAACUGCUGCUGCCCGCGCAGAGGAAGCAGCAGCAGCAGCAGCAGCAACAGCAACAGCAGCAGAGCCGCGCAGUGUGUGCCGUAUGUCUGAAGGGGCAUUCAAAGACGCAGCUGAGGACAGCAGCAGCAGCAGCACGCUGCAGCAGCAAGGCUCGCUGCAACACUGGAAGAUGGAUGGGGGAUUGCGGCGACGCUCCGUAGGUUGCUGCAGCAGCAGAUGCAGCUCGACAAGCAGCAGCAGCAACAGCAGUGCAUGCCGCUGCUGCAGCAGCGACAGCAGCAGCAGCAGCACCAGCACACGCAGUAGCAGGUCCCCAGCCAACGGAGGCACCCCGCUGGGUUUCCUGCUGCAGCAGCAGCGGGCGGAGCUGCUGCAGCAAGCCAAGCCUGAAGCCGAUCUUGCUGCUGCGGUUGCUGCUGCAGCAAACCCAUUCCUCUGCGAGUAUUUGUGGCCGGAGAAGAUGCGGCAGCAGCUGCAGCAGCUGCAGCAGCAAAAGCUGCAGCACCGCAAACCGCAGCAGCAAGAAGGCUUGUACAGUGUGAGACACAGCAGCAGCUUCUCCACACACUGCUCCUCACUCCCGCUGGAGCAGCAGCAGCAGCAGCAGGAACAGCAGCAGCAGCAGCAGCUUCCACUGCGGAACAGCAGUUUCUUCGAUGAAAUCAAGAAAGACACAGAAUGGGAUGCCGAUACACUCGGUGAAGCAGCAGCAGCAGCAGCAGCAGCGACUAACGGCGCGCAGCAGCAGUCUGCGGCAACUUCUCCUACAGCUGCAGGUAUGUCUGGCGCAGCAGCAGCAGCAACAUCAACUGCUGCUGCCUCAUGUCAUACAGUCAACAACGACUUCAGGUUCUUUGUGCAGCAGCAGCAGCAGCAGCAGCCACAGCAACAGGCCCAUUUGGUGGAUUUGCCUGCUGUGGUGCUGCAGCAGCGGCUGCAGCCUGCGACGCAGCAGCAGCAGCUGCAGCAACAGCUGCAGCAGCAGCACGAGCUCCUCCAAGGCAGAUUUGUGCCGCAGCAGGAGCAGCAAACAACAACAGCUCUGCUGCUGCUGGCUGCAGGAAGUCAGCAGCAGCAAGAGGAGACAGACAGCUCCGAUGAUGGAGAAAUGAGGUGCGAUAGGCCCUCCAUUUGA